AUGAGUCAAACAAAAUCGACUUUUGAUGCGCGUGUCACAGAUGAAAAUUCAGUUGUCCGAUCUUCCAUUCCAUUGCAUUCGCUCUGUCAUAUCCAUCGACCGAUCGUUUUUCUUUGGUUCACUGCAGAGAUCUUAAUCUUUGUCUGGAAAGGCCUUGUCGGUAUGGAGCAAGACAAUUGGGGAGUCUACGGCGUCGAAAUCUUGGGAUUAUGUUUAACAUUGACACUGGAAUACAUUCGUUUGGAAAUUUUACUCUAUGCCAAUCUCACUGAACAUUUAUUUUAUAUCCUCAUUGGCUUCAUAUGGACAGUUCUGUCGAUCGGAGCAUUUCUUUAUUGGACAUUUUUUCAGUGGUUUGUAUUAAAACUUGAACUGAUUAUUGGUUGUACUCAACUAGGAUUUUGUGUCUUUGAAUUAAUUCUCGUAUUUACGGCCGUUUUAUCAUUUUGCAAAAAACCAGCCAAGCAAAAGACAAAUUAA